AUGCAUAUUCUUGUCCUUAUAGCCGUAUAUUUUCCGUUUCUUCUCACCCUCACACCCUCUGUGGGAGCCAUUAGUUUUUACCUCCAGUCAGGGACUGUAAAGUGUCUGCAGGAUGAAAUGGAGAAGGAUGUUAUGGUCAUCGGGGAGUAUGACGUAUCACCAGGCGCCACAAGCCAUGUGAACAUCGAAGUGAAAGACACCAAGGGCCACAUAUUUUUUCAGAAGUCUGACAUCACAAAGGGCAAAUUUACAUUCUCCGCAGAGGACGACGAAACCUUCGAUGUAUGCUUUCACUGUACUGCGGCCGUAGGUACGUCUUCAUUGCAGCGUUUCAUCAUAAUUAAGGCACAAACGAACAGCGAGAAGUCUAUCUGAAUAUAAAAGAAGGAGUUGAGACGAAAAAUUAUGCCGCCUUCGCCGAAGCUGAGAACCUCAAACCAGUUGAGGCUGAAUUAAAGAGAAUCGAGUACAUCAGCGACUCGAUUGUGAAGGAUUUCAUCUCCAUGCACUCCAGAGCGGACGCAAUGCGCAACAUCAAUGGUAAGCACUUCAACACAUUCUUACUCAUUGAUGCGAUUUUCUUUUUUUAUUUACCCUAGAAUUAGGCAUACAACUAUUUAGGAAACGUCCGAUUUUGAACCGGGGGCCAUCUCCUACAACUGGUUUUUGUAGAAGUGUCGACAAAAAAAGGCAUUCCCCCUCUGUGAUAUUAAUAGUUUAUCCGUGAUUGCCUGCGGGGACUGUUCGUUGAGCCCUUAGGCACCGUGUAACUAGAUAAUUCUGUAACCCGAUCGGUGGACGCACUUCCGACGCGUUACUUAACCUGUUAAUCCACAAUCGUACCGUUGUCCAAGUAGAUGUUUCGUAUCUAAGCACGCCUCACUAAUAUAGCUGCCUUGAAUUUUAGCUUCGACCCAUGGCCGCGUGCUCUACUUCUCAAUCUUUUCAAUGCUUUGCCUGGUCGCCCUAGCCACUUGGCAAGUACUUUAUCUGCGGAGAUACUUCAAGUCAAAGAAACUCAUCGACUAA